AUGCAUCCACCACCUCCUCCCCACCAUCCUUUCUUUCCCACCGCGCCGUCCUCUCUCCCUCCCACCCGCCCUCGCCUCCCACCCGCCCUCGCCUCUCCUUCCUACCCGCCGUCGCCGCUCCCUCCUCCCGCCGUCGCCGCUCCCUCCCACCCCGCCGUCGCCUCUCCCUCCGCCGUCGCCUCUCCCUCCGCCGUCGCAUCUCCCUCCGCCGUCGCCUCUCCCUCCGCCGUCACCUCUCCCUCCGCCGUCGCCUCUCCCUCCGCCGUCGCCUCUCCCUCCGCCGUCGCUUCUCCCUCCGCCGUCGCCUCUCCCUCCCCAUCGUCUCCUCCCUCCCCAUCCCGUCGCCUCCGCUCCUUCCCAUCCCGUCGCCUCCGCUCCCUCCCAUCCCGUCGCCUCCGCUCCCUCCCAUCCCGUCGCCUCCGCUCCCUCCCAUCCCCUCGCCUCCGCUCCCUCCCAUACCGCCGUCGUCCCCUCCCACCCCGCCGUUGCCUCUCUCACCUACCCCGCCGUCGCCACUCCCUACCCUCCCGCCGCCGUCUCUCCCUCCCAUCCCGCCGCCGUCUCUCCCUCCCAUCCCGCCGCCGUCUCUCCCUCCCAUCCCGCCGUCGCCACUCUCUCCCAUCCCGCCACCGCCUCUCCCUCUCCUCCCGCCGCCGUCUCUCCCUCCCAUCCUGCUUCGCCACUCUCUCUCAUCCCGCCGUCGCCACUCCCUCCCAUCCUGCUUCGCCACUCUCUCUCAUCCCGCCGUCGCCACUCCCUCCCAUCCUGCUUCGCCACUCUCUCUCAUCCCGCCGUCGCCACUCCCUCCCAUCCUGCUUCGCCACUCUCUCUCAUCCCGCCGUCGCCACUCCCUCCCAUCCUGCUUCGCCACUCUCUCUCAUCCCGCCGUCGCCACUCCCUCCCAUCCUGCUUCGCCACUCUCUCUCAUCCCGCCGUCGCCACUCCCUCCCAUCCUGCUUCGCCACUCUCUCUCAUCCCGCCGUCGCCACUCCCUCCCAUCCUGCUUCGCCACUCUCUCUCAUCCCGCCGUCGCCACUCCCUCCCAUCCUGCUUCGCCACUCUCUCUCAUCCCGCUGUCGCCACUCCCUCCCAUCCUGCUUCGCCACUCUCUCUCAUCCCGCUGUCGCCACUCCCUCCCAUCCUGCUUCGCCACUCUCUCUCAUCCCGCCGUCGCCACUCCCUCCCAUCCUGCUCCGCCACUCUCUCUCAUCCCGCCGUCGCCACUCCCUCCCAUCCUGCUUCGCCACUCUCUCUCAUCCCGCCGUCGCCACUCCCUCCCAUCCUGCUUCGCCACUCUCUCUCAUCCCGCCGUCGCCACUCCCUCCCAUCCUGCUUCGCCACUCUCUCUCAUCCCGCCGUCGCCACUCCCUCCCAUCCUGCUUCGCCACUCUCUCUCAUCCUGCCGUCGCCACUCCCUCCCAUCCUGCUUCGCCACUCUCUCUCAUCCCGCCGUCGCCACUCCCUCCCAUCCUGCUUCGCCACUCUCUCUCAUCCCGCCGUCGCCACUCCCUCCCAUCCUGCUUCGCCACUCUCUCUCAUCCCGUCGUCGCCACUCCCUCCCAUCCUGCUUCGCCACUCUCUCUCAUCCCGUCGUCGCCACUCCCUCCCAUCCUGCUUCGCCACUCUCUCUCAUCCCGCCGUCGCCACUCCCUCCCAUCCUGCUUCGCCACUCUCUCUCAUCCCGCCGUCGCCACUCCCUCCCAUCUUGCUUUGCCACUCUCUCUCAUCCCGCCGUCGCCACUCCCUCCCAUCCUGCUUCGCCACUCUCUCUCAUCCCGCCGUCGCCACUCCCUCCCAUCCUGCUUCGCCACUCUCUCUCAUCCCGCCGUCGCCACUCCCUCCCAUCCUGCUUCGCCACUCUCUCUCAUCCCGCCGUCGCCACUCCCUCCCAUCCUGCUUCGCCACUCUCUCUCAUCCCGCCGUCGCCACUCCCUCCCAUCCUGCUUCGCCACUCUCUCUCAUCCCGCCGUCGCCACUCCCUCCCAUUUUGCUUCGCCACUCUCUCUCAUCCCGCCGUCGCCACUCCCUCCCAUCCUGCUUCGCCACUCUCUCUCAUCCCGCCGUCGCCACUCCCUCCCAUCCUGCUUCGCCACUCUCUCUCAUCCCGCCGUCGCCACUCCCUCCCAUCAUGCCGCCGUCUCUCCCUUCCAUUCCGCCGCUCCUCGCCCUCAUCCCCGCCGCGCCACUCCCUCCCGUCCCGCCGUGGGGAGGUUUGAGAGCAUGGAUAAGGAUGGUGCGCGAACGAGAGCUGGUGCGCUAGCGCGGGUUGGUCUUCGAGGCACCGUCAUUAGCAGGGAGUUCAAGCUGCACUAUUUGGUUUUUCUUGUGGAGAAAGGGGAGGGGUUGAGAGAGGGUAAACAGAUACGGGAGGAAUAG